CUCAACUUCCCAAAACUCUCAGUAUUACAGCCAUGGUAUGACGAGGCCUCGCUGAUGGUCUCUCGUCCUUCGUUCACACCACCAUGCUUCUCAGCGUUCGUCUCGGGAGCUGGAAGCGUCAUCGACUUUGACCACGACAAUGUCAAUCAAAGCCAUUUUCUACAGCAAGUUUGAUCCUCAUGAAGGACCCAAGAUCGUUCAUCAAGUUCCAGAGGACUCGAUACUGACGACAGUCGAUGUACCUGCAGCCAAUGGCUCCGGCUCGAGCGCUGGCUCUACCUCGCCCGCCCUCCUCUCCUUCCCUACCAUAUCGCGCUUCUUGAUCCCUCGUCAGUCGCUCUGUGGGAAUCUUAUAUCUCUGUCGCCGCCUCCCUUGACGCCUAGUACGCCCCCGACGCUUGUGCUGUCAUACCCUAUCUGCUUGACGUCUCCGCAAUAUCCACGAAAUGAAUUCAUUUUCAACUUUGCCCUCGUCUUGAGCGAGCCGGCUACCACCGACGUCGCAUCGUACAAGUCCGUUGUCAAGAAGUUGGCACAUUUGAUGCGCAGUCUAGAAGAGCAGUCGAGAUUUCUUAGCGAUGACACAGCAUACCCGAACUCCGGCAAGAUCUACAGCCUAUGUGAGAUGCUCAUGGAAGAUCUGAACAACUACUGUGAAUGCAUGAUACCAAUAGACGAGCUGAAUACUCUGAACAUCAAGCUGUUCCCCACGCUGCCGAACCCUGCCAGCGUCAAGCCAUGGCACGUGCCGCUGUUCACGGUGAGGAUAGAAACCAUGGUAGAUGAAAAUUGGGACCUGACCAUGCUACGGAUAAUUCCGUACAUAAAUGGCGUCAACAGCGUCAAACGAAUUGCCGUCCUGGCCGAUGCCGAUGUCAAACUCACCAAGAAAUGUAUCAAACACCUGCUGUACUAUGGGUGCAUACUACUACUCGACAUCUUUAGCUUCAAUGCCAUUUAUGCGCCAACGGCUGAAUUCUCCGACAUGAUUGCCAAAGAUGUCGAAAUGCAGAAAGAAUGCGCUCGCUAUGUCAACACGGCCUUUGCGCCCACUGCACAAGAAGAGGCCAUCAUCGAUAGUGCAACCGAUCGAAGAACGAGCAACUUGACCUCCGUCACUUUGCAGGACGACGAAAUCUGGCCCCUUACCGGCAAAGGUGAUCCAAUCGAUGGUGUGGGCAUUGUCCAACUCUUUGCUAGUCUGCGUCAAGGUCUGACUGUGCGAGAAUGGUACGCUCAGAAUGCAAACAUGCUCGCCAACAUUGACAUGCGCCGGUUCAUAACGUUUGGGGUCAUCAAAGGGUUUAUAUACCGUGUGCAUCGGUAUGCCAUCAGAACGCAGAAGUCGCUCACAUCGCUUCCUCACCAUGGGGAUCACAAUGGCGACGAUCUCACCAAGAGUAUGUCGAGCGAACGGCAGCUGAACGAGGAGUCGAGGAGCAAAAGAAAGCAUUCGCGUCGGACGGAUGAUAGAGGCGUGUCAGAUCACCACCUGAACCAGAGGAUCAUAGAAUUCCUUGACGGCACGCACUGCUUUGACGAGAUAUGUACUGAGCUGGAAAUCAGCGAGAAAGAAUUGAUGGACAGGCUCAGGAGUCGCGAUAUUGGCGAAGCUGUGACUAUUUGCAGAUAGUGCUGCAGUUUGAGCUUUGACAAGCGCCAAUGCAGGCUUCGAACGGAGUACAGUACCUUAUAAACAUCAUCA